UGUUUUCUGUUUGAUUCAGUUUUUGGAUGAAAUGACAGCUUGAAGUUGAGGAAAUGGUGGAUUCAUCUUUGAGGCUUUAAGUUUUUCUUGAAGGUGAAUAUGGACGAUCGAGGAGGUUCGUUUGUUGCUGUGAGAAGGCUUUCUCAAGGUCUUGACCGUGGAAAUAACUUGCACUCUACUUCUGGUGCUGAGGCUGUAGCAGGAUCAGCGGCAUGGCUUGGCAGAGGACUUUCAUGUGUUUGUGCUCAACGGAGAGAAAGUGAUGCACGCCCGUCAUUUGAUUUGACUCCAUCACAGGAGGAAUGCUUGGUAAGGCUACAGAAUCGAAUAGAUGUCACCUACAAUAGCUCAAUACCUGAACAUCAGGAGGCUUUGAAGGCUUUGUGGAAAGCUGCUUUCCCAGAGGAAGAACUUGUUGGACUGAUAUCUGAACAGUGGAAGGAAAUGGGCUGGCAGGGAAAAGAUCCAUCUACAGACUUUAGGGGUGGCGGUUUCAUAUCACUAGAAAAUUUGUUGUAUUUCUCGAGAAAGUUUCCGGAUUCUUUCCAAGAUCUUCUUCACAAACGAGAAGGUGAUCGAGCCUUAUGGGAAUAUCCAUUUGCUGUUGCUGGUGUAAAUAUCACAUUUAUGCUCAUUCAAAUGCUUGAUCUCGAAGCAGUAAAGCCAAGGUCAUUUGUGGGGGCAAUCUUCUUGAAGCUUCUUCUUGAAAAUGAAUCAGCAUUUGACCUUCUCUACUGCAUUACGUUCAAGCUUAUGGAUCAUCAAUGGCUUUCGAUGCAUGCUUCUUAUAUGGAUUUUAAUACAGUAAUGAAGGCGACUCGUCGUCAACUUGAAAGGGAGCUUUUGCAAGAAGAAGUAACUCGGCUUGAAGACUUACCAUCGUAUGGACUUCUUAUUCGACCAUCUAGUUAUAAGAUUUAGGCGAAAAUACUUAAAAAGUUUUCAAAAAUGCUAUAUUUUUCUGUAUUCUGAUUGUUGGUGAGCUCUAUUACUACUACAUUACAAUGUUCUUUUCUUUUAUUUUCUUUUUUGGCUUUAUGACAUUUUCAAAAACAUGUCAGAAAGACAAAUUAUAUUUGUCUUUUUGAUUUGAAUCUUCAAAUGAGAGAGAGAAAAAAAAUGAGGUAUAAGUUCAGUUUGAAUGCUAACUUUGGCUUUCUAGACGUCGUGUAAAUGAAUCUCUUUAGAGGGAUGAGGAGACGUUUCAUUUGGUGGUAUAUUUUCAUGUUUGUAAUAAACAUCUUAUUGAUUUUUCAUGGUU